AUAAUGGAUGCUGUUGUUCUCUUAGCUGGUCUCUGCCACAAACAAACUCUCAUUGAAAUGAAUCGACAGAUUUUAUUGUCAUUUCAACCAGACAUGUAACACACAAACACAGGACUACGUAAAGUGCAAUGUGCAAACAAAUGCACAAAUAAACAAGAUAAGACAGAACAGGACGACACACACAACGCUCUGCAGUGUUGUGACAGCCAUGAAACUCGUUUUACUUCCCAGAGACUUAUUUAUUAGGUCAGGUAUAUUUUGGUCUCAUGAAAGGAAACACCCUGAUCUGCCUUCAUCCCUUCAUCAGACACGGUGAUGUGAUUAGAGAGAAAGCUGCCUGAGCUCUUUUCACGGUCCCUAACAGUGUUGGUGGUCUCCGUUUUCACAGGCGUGGACUGCAACUGUCCCAGCUGACAGCGAGCUUCCACUCCAACCCCACAUCCACGAAGAACACGCACUCAGUGAAGGAGAUUUGAGUCUUCGCGGCCUCGUUUUUAUCUUUGUUCUUAUAACUUUGUAUUCUGUGUGUCACAUGUGGCAUCCAUAUGAUCGAUAAAAACAAACUGAAGUUGGUGUGUUUUAUUUUGAAAGCUUCCGGUGAUGUGCGCGUGUAUCUGUGUGUGUGCGCGCUCCCGCAGAGUAGCGCUCCGGUGUGAGUCCCGGAGAGAGGUAGGAUCAUGUCCCCGCUGCUGCUGCUGGUGCUCGGCCUGCUCCUGCCGCUGCUCCUGCUGGUCCUGCGCGGCAGGACGAGACGAGAAGAUGAGCCCCCUUUAAUAAAAGGCUGGAUUCCUUUCAUUGGAAAAGCUCUGGAGUUUGGGAAAGAUGCCCACAAAUUUCUGAAAGAACAUAAGAGGAAGUUUGGAGAUGUGUUUACCGUCCAGAUAGCAGGUAAAUACAUGACCUUCAUCAUGGAUCCUUUACUGUAUCCCAACAUCAUCAAACAAGGCCGGCAGCUGGACUUUCACGAGUUCUCCAACAGGGUGGCAUCAUUUGCCUUUGGCUAUCCACCUGUUACUAGCAAGUUCCCCGGCCUGAAGGAGCAGAUCACACGCGGCUUCAUUCUCCUCCAAGGGGAUAACCUCACGCCCCUGACAGAGAGCAUGAUGGGUAACCUGAUGCUGGUAUUUCGUCAGGACUACCUGGACCAGGAGAGCAGCUGGAAGACCGCCUACAUGUACAAGCUCUGCAACUCGAUCAUGUUCGAGGCGACCUUUCUCACCAUGUACGGCAAGCCGCCAUCCGCCAGCCGCCACAGCGGGAUGAGCGUCCUGGAGACGGACUUCAUCAAGUUUGACAAGAUGUUUCCGCUCCUCGUCGCUCAGAUACCCAUCUGGCUGCUGGGACGGACUAGGGCGAUCCGCGAGAGGCUCAUCAACUACUUCCUGCCGCACCAGAUGUCUUGCUGGUCACAUUCUUCAGAGUUCAUCAGGACACGAUUCGAGAUGUUUGAGCAGUAUGACACGCUGAGGGAUUUCGACAAAGCAGCUCAUCACUUUGCCAUCCUGUGGGCGUCUCUGGGGAACACGGUUCCUGCUAUUUUCUGGGUCACGUAUUACCUGGUGAGUCACCCUGAGGUGCUGCAGUUCGUCCGUCGGGAGCUCGAGGACGUCCUGAGACUCAGCGGGGUGGAAUUCAGCAGAGAUAAGGAUGUGAUGCUGACCCCAGCGCACCUGGAGAAACUUCUCUACAUGGAGAGCGCCAUCGAGGAGAGCCUCCGCCUGUGCUCGGCCUCCAUGAACAUCCGGAUGGCUCAGGAGGACUUCAGUCUGCGUCUGGAUGCCGAGCGCUCGGCGGCCGUCAGAAAGGGAGACAUCAUUGCCCUGUACCCUCAGGCUAUGCACCUGGACCCCGAGAUCUACGAGGACCCACAGACGUUCCGGUUCGACCGCUACGUGCAGAACGGCCAGAAGAAGACCAACUUCUACAAGCGUGGCCAGAAGCUCAAGCAUUACCUCAUGCCUUUCGGCUCAGGUGCCAGCAAGUGUCCCGGACGUUUCUUCGCAAUCAAUGAGAUCAAACAGUUCCUGUCCGUGAUCCUGCUUUACUUGGACCUGGAGUUGGAGGAGGGCCAGAGCAAAGCCACCUUGGACCUCAGCAGAGCCGGCCUGGGAGUCAUGCUACCAGCUGAAGAUGUCCGCUUCCGCUACAGGCUGCGGCCUGUCUAACGGGGACCCCCCAGCAGUCGUCCUGGUUCCCUGUGAGCGCCGACCUCGCGGCGUGCACUUCUGUGCACAGCCUGGACAGCGAGAGACCAGAAAGAACCAGACGUGCUGCACAUGAACGGCUGUGGAGACGCUGGACAGGUUGAAGCUUCCAGCCUGUCGGAUUUUUUGCCUUAAAGCUUCGUCAGUUUUAAAAGAAGACCGAAAGUAAUUAGUACGUAUUUUUGCACCGUGGUUAUUGUCCUUGUUUUCUGUGCCUCGGUUCUGUUUGCCAGUAUGUACCUUUAUGUAGCACUGGGGUGUAAAUACUGUAUGAGCCAGGAGCUUCAGGUAAACAGUGUUGCAUUUGCAUGCUUUCAUAUUAACACUCCAGCUCUCAAAGUUAAAGGAACAGUCCACACUGUGCAGGAAGUCCGGCCGCGGUUAGCUUAGCUUUGCGUAAACACAAGCGUCCACAGCGUACUUCAGAGUCGGCUGUGAACACCGUUAGAUUGAGAACUUCUACAGUGGCGGACGUGGACAAAAUGCUGUUAAUUUUACUCUCUGCAGUGUUUACAUACUUACACAGUUGCUGUGCCUCCACAAACAGCACUCUGUUCUGCUUCUAUGCCCCGUCUUUGUUUACUCUUUCCCACCCAGGCUUCUAGGCCUCUGAUUGGCCAACACGGUUAGGAAUAUAUCGCCACCUGUUGCUUUGGCAUGUUCAUAGCAGCGUUUUGCUUCAUUUUUGCGUCUGUGGACGGGUUUUUUUUAUUUUAUUUUAUUUUAUUUUUUUAAACGAGAACGGAAAAUCUCAGUUUUCAAAAAUACGUGUGGACGUAGCCUAAAGCUGUCAGCAGACUGAGAAGGAAA